AUGGAGUCGUCGGAAUUGUGUGUAGUUGAAAGUGCUUCGGUUACCAUUAAUACAAAAAAUAACCGUGGUCAUAUAAUCUUAACCUAUGAAAAAGAUAUUGGAAACUAUUUGAACGUCGAAAAUAUUGACGAGUGUUUAAAACAUGAACUUUUACGUAAUCCUUGGGUACCGAAUACUACUUAUGAUUUUAAAAGUGAUUUGAAAUCAGGAAGAACUCGAGCAUUUAGACAUCAAUGGUUGCAGGAAAACGGUUCAUGGUUGACAUAUUCAGCUCUUGAGGGUGUGAAAGGAGCUUUUUGUAGAAUAUGUGUGUUGAUCAAGCCAUCAAUUCAUAGAGGUGUACAAGGUGGAUUUAUAAUAAAACCUUUUACUAAGUAUAAGGAUUUUCAUGCAUCUUCUAAAAUACAUUUGUCUUCAAAUUGGCACACUGAAUCAAUGUCAAGAGCAAAAGAUUUUAUGGAUAUUAUGAAUUGUAAAAAAAUUAGUGUUAUUGAACAAGUAAAUUCUGGAUUGCAUAAAGAAAUAGAAACUAAUAGGCUAAAAUUAAAAUCUAUUAUAUCAACUAUUUUGUUCUGCGAAACUCACCACUUUCCCUUACGAGGGAAAAAAUCAGAUUCUGGUGUUUAUCAUGAUCUUUUGAAUUUUCAUAUUGAAUCUGGCGAUGAGAUAUUGAAAGAUCAUUUUUUAACUAAUUCAAAGAUUCGAGAAGAAUUCCUUGGCUAUUUACCAUUAGAUAAAUUAGACGUAGAAUCAGAUGCUACUAAAAUUUUAUCAUUUAUGGAAGAUAGUAACCUUAAUUUAAGUAAAUUUUGUAGACAAGGUUAUGACGGCUAUGCUACAAUGGCUGGAAAAGUAGGCGGUCUUGCUAAAUUAAUUCGUGACCGAUAUAAUAAAGCUUUAUAUUUCCAUUGUGCUAGUCACCGAUUAAAUUUAGUAAUUAACGAUCUAAACAAAAUUAUGGUUAUUCGUAAUACUAUUGGCACAAUAAAAUAA